AUGGCUGCGCCUAUUGAGGAACGCUCGAAUGAAGUGAAAUGCAAGGAUCUGUACCAGGGUAAACUUGAGCUCAAUAUGCACAGGCCGGACAAGUCGAUUGGUGUGGUACAGAGCAAGAAGCCGGUUAAGCCGUACGGAGAAUCGAUGUUGUUGUUUGAUGAAGAGUCGAAGGACUUCCCUGUGGUGAAGUUUAUGGAGUGCAACCUGAAGGGCAAAGAUGAAGGAUACACUGAUUCUAAUACUCAGUUUGGGCGUGUUGAACUUGUCGAUAAUAAGGGAAUGUGCAUUGAGCAUCUGCCGACAGACGACCCGAAGCUGGUGGCGCUUGGUGUGCAGAAGUGCGACUACGAGAAUCUGAAUAACAAGAGUGAUAAGCAGGCAUUCAGGUCGUAUUUGGAAGAUAAAUUCUCUUCGUCAACCCUGGGCGUCAUGGAAAAGGAUGGAAAGACCUUUCACUCUCAGUGGCGCUACAAGAAGGAGGGCAAUAAGUUU